UUGACGAACAGUUUUAUGGAUGAAGAUGAGGAGCCCGUAAUUGUCUGUUUCAUCUGUCAUGCAAGACUCAUUCGAUGCAGAACAUUACAACAACAGGCUAUUGAGUCAAAUGCAGUUCUGGAACAGUUGCUUGCAGGAGGAUCCAUGUCGAUACCAAAACCGCAUGAGGCUAGACAUGAGAUUCAAUUCACACCAAUUAAUCAUCUAGAUAUCUGGCCAUUUGAGUGUGAUGUAGAAAAUGAUUGUAAGGACGACAUUUUUAGCCUUGAAUCUGUUAAACUUGAGGAAGAGAAAUUCGGAAAUGAGAAUUUUAAAUUUGAAGUCAACGGGAGUCAUGAAAUAGAUACUGCUGGAAAACAAAAAGACUUGGAGAUUGAUGCUUUUGAAGACCGAUAUGAGGAUUCGGAGAACGACUUGCCACUAAUUUCAUUAGGUGCAAAGAGUAAAAGAGAUGACGUUGACAUAGAACAACCCUGCAUACAAACAAAUAUGUUUUCGAAACCGUCGACACAAAAAACAAACACUUGCUCUGUUAUUCAAAAAAAAACUUAA